AUGGCAAAUGCAAAAGCGGGUCCCUCUCGCCUACACGUCGAAAGUACUGGAGUCAGCUUCAAACACACGGUCGACACAAUCACGUCCUUCCUCGAAGUCGUCUUCCACACCAUCCUGUGUAUUCGCAACGUCUACCCUGCUACAACAUUUACACGUCGGCGCGCACAUGGUGUUCCAGUGUAUCAAAGCCGGCAUCCAGAAGUACGCGGAUACCUCGCUCGCGUAGUUGCCGCGCUGUCCAAAGAGCUCGAGAAGGGCACUCUGCGGCGCGUGACGCUGGUCAUCAAGUCGGUGGCAACGGGUGUGCCCCUCGAGAGGUUCAUUCUGGAUGCCAUGUACAUGGGUCUGGAGAGCGUCCAGGGCCCACAGAAGGAUGUCAAGAUUGUUGGCGCGCCUUCCCCCGAGGGACUAAGCCUGCUCCUCCGCGCCUUCCUCACUCGUCUCACUGCGAUGGACGGCCAGUUGUCUGAUAUUACAGAAGAAACGACUUUUACCAUCAUCGCCGAGACAAACGACGACCUCGAGCCCGGAUCAUCGGAUGGCGCAUCGUCACCAUGGGCCCCCGCUCUCCAAGGUGAUACACUGGCUCCCCUAGUGGGCCAUCACGCUCCUCUGUACAGCGUUCGCGCUAUCGAAACGGGUGUCAUUGAUUUGCGCAUGCUCGUGCAGGAAUGUGCGGUCAAGCAUGGCGUGGACGACGAGGAUGUGGCCGCUGCUUAUGUUGCGUAA